UGGCCCCCACAUUUCCCAACAACUUGUCUUCCCCCUUCUCUGCGUGCCUCCUCUCCUAUUUUAUUUUCCUCUUUUGUCCACAUUGCCUAAUGCACUUCCUCUGUCCCCCUUUCAUUUCUUCCCUCUCUCCUGUGCCAUUCCAUACUCUGCUGUCAGAUUCCUUUCAUCGCUCAUUGCACCUCUUCUCCUCUCCUCUCGGUCCUUGCUCAUUUUCUGGGGGUUGGAAUACUCUCCUCAAACAUCUCUCACUCUCCUCACUGCGCACCUCUUAUUCCGUCUUUCAUGUCACCCUCUCUCCUCCUGCUUUUUUUCCAGCAGUGGCGCAUCGGAGAACGGCGGCACUUUCACUCAGCGCUUCAACCACUUGCAUCAAAGCGAGGACCUUUUUUAUUUACUUAUUUACAUAUUACCUCCUCCAAUUGUUUGUUUCUUUUUUCCAUUUUAACUCUUUGCCUCUCUUCUGAAGACAUUUUGGAAGCCUUCUUCACUCCAUAUGAUGCUGUUGGGACUGCAGCUGUUCUCCAACUUAAGAAUGACAUUGUUGGAAACAAGUAGAAGAGCCUUCCUUGACAUCUGGAUUUUGUAAUGUAUUACUUUGAAAUCUUAAAUAAUACAAAUCCUUCAAUAGUGACUAAAGGGCUGUGAGAAUUUUAAACACGUGUAAUCUUUGUCAUUGACAUAUGAAUUAUUUGUUAAAUUGAUGAUAGAAGUCUUCUACUUUCUUCUACUACAUUUUCUUACCGACAGUCUCGUUUGAAUGCAAUACGGUAAAAAAAUAGAGACUGUGAUUUGAGAAGAAUGGACUCAGAUGUGCUCUUACCUGUAAUGGCCACUGUCCCCGCAACUUCUUUUUUGGAGAAUAUUAGCAAGGCGUCCUGUUCCUCGUCAAGGUCUGCUCCUCUCCCUCCGCACUCCAAGGCGGCAUCCAUGCUCAUCAUGCUGAUUGUCACGGUCAUCAUCCUCGUGACGGUUGUGGGGAAUGUGCUAGUUGUGGUGGCUGUGUUUACCAGCCGUGCCUUGCGGGCACCUCAAAAUCUUUUUCUGGUGUCUCUGGCUUCAGCGGACAUACUGGUGGCGACGCUGGUCAUCCCCUUCUCCUUGGCCAAUGAGGUGAUGGGCUACUGGUAUUUUGGUUCCACCUGGUGCUCCUUCUAUUUGGCUCUGGAUGUUUUAUUUUGCACUUCAUCCAUUGUCCAUCUUUGCGCCAUCAGCCUCGACCGCUACUGGUCUGUCACAAAUGCCAUUAGAUACAACCGCAAACGGACACCCCAACGGAUUAAAGUGAUGAUCAGUGUUGUGUGGCUGAUAUCUAUUGUCAUCUCGUCACCACCUCUUCUCAUGAUGCACACAGAGCAGAGUUGCGACUUAAUGGAUGAGAACAAAGACCCCCAGAGGCAGGAGUGUCUACUCAACAACCAGACGUGGUACAUCCUCUCUUCCUGCCUUGUGUCCUUCUUUGCACCAGGAGUCAUCAUGAUACUAGUCUACUGUAAGAUAUACCGUGUUGCCAAACAACGAGCCACCGUGUUUGUGGCUAAGAAUGUGUUGGAGCCGCAGCCAUCCCAAUCUGAGACCUGCUUCGGUGGUGCCCAUAGGACCACCCAAGGCGGUAAAGCUAAGUGCAGAAAAUCCCAGCACGAGCUGGAUAACCCAACAACUGAGAAAAGACACAGCUCUUCCAACAUAGAGAGCAACAGCAGCAGCCACAAGAGAGGAGAGUUGGACAGUAUUAACUUAGAGGAGAGGACCCGGGAAGAUGACAUCAAAACAUCGUCCUCGUUUUCUGCUUCACUCCGCUUCUCCAGGAGAGCUGGUGGGAAGGGGAAAACAGGGGCGAGAAAGGGCACUGAGGGACCAGCAAGCAGAUUGAAGCCUUCGCCUCCAUCUUGUGCUUCCAUUUCGUGGGUUUCAUCCGAUCACUGCUGCCAUCAUUUCCUCCUCCCUUCUCCUGUGACGCUCCGAAGCAGACAGAUGUCUUUGUCCAAAAACAAAGUGGCACAAAUGAGGGAGAAGCGAUUCACGUUUGUUCUGGCAGUGGUGAUGGGAGUGUUUGUCCUCUGCUGGUUCCCAUUCUUCUUUACUUACAGUCUCCAAGCACUCUGUAGAGAGAAAUGCACAAUUCCUGAUGCUCUCUUCAACCUCUUUUUCUGGAUUGGCUACUGCAACAGUUGCCUGAACCCAAUCAUUUACACUAUUUUUAACCGAGACUUCAGGAGGUCCUUUAAAAAGAUUAUAUUCCAGACUCAUACACGAACGUAAGACGUGUAUGUAUUUGCUCAAAUACAAAUGUGUGUACAGUUGUAGCCUAGUUUACCACUGUUUUAUAAUGCUCUGCAUUAAAGGGCUUGCCAUGUACACUGAGGAUUUCUUUAUUAUCUACCUACUCAAUAGUUCAUUAAAU